UAACAUCAUUUUACGAGGAAAGAUAUUGGUUGACAUAAUCACGACAGAACGUGGACGUUGUUGGCAGAAUUUAUAGUUCAAUACCCCUGAAAUAGUGAUACACAGAAUUAAGGUCUAUAGCCUGCUAUCAGCAAAUCAUUUGAUAUCAGCUUUAGAAAGCCUGUAUUAAGAAAAUAUGGCGUCCAUUCAUGGAAAAGCAAUGAUAGGGGGCUGUAUACAACUAUGGAUUUUGUGUGUCUUUGUAAUCGUGGUCCCAAGAUUAAUACAAUGUGAAUCCGAACCUGCCGAAGGGGACAUACGUCUUGAAGAUGGUAGCCCCUCCAGCGGGGGAAGGUUAGAGAUCUACCACAAUUCCGAGUGGGGCUUCAUCUGCCAUUUGUAUUGGUCCUUACUUGAUUACACGGCAGAAGUUGCAUGUCGACAGCUGGGCUUAGACACCACACAUGUACGCGGGUUUGUUAUGAGCCGCGGAAAUGGACCUCUUCAUACGUUCGGUUUAGUCUAUAAUUGCAAUGGGAAAGAAAACCGAAUAGAUGCAUGUCCCGUCCUUGGUGCACCAAUUUGUGUUUCUGAAACGGAUUUGGCAGUGGAAUGUGGUCCUCAUGUUCAAGGAGACGUCCGCCUGGCGAAUGGAUCGACGGCGGACGACGGUCGGGUAGAGAUCUACUACGAAGAGGAAUGGGGGACAGUCUGUGAUGAUGGUUGGGACAACGAUGACGCUGCAGUUAUAUGUAAACAGCUACGAAACUACCAACAUGGCGCCGAGGCUAUAAAUGGGGGUGCAUAUCCUCAAGGAACUGGUCCGAUACACCUUGGUAAUGUCCAAUGUGAAGGUACUGAAAGCAAACUUGGAGAUUGCAGCAGUGGCGGAUGGCGUAACAACACGUGUGGCCAUGAUCGAGAUGCCGGAGUGGUUUGCCCACCUGCCUUCGAAGGUGAUAUCCGGCUUGUUGGUGGUCACAGGCUAAUGGAGGGACGGGUGGAGUACUACCAUGAAGACCAGUGGGGUACCGUCUGUGAUGACCUUUGGGAUGACCACGACGCUUGGGUUGUGUGCCGCCAGUUGGGGUACAAACCACUUGAUGGACAUAGAUUCGGAGGAGCAUAUUUUGGACGAGGAUCUGGCCAAAUACACCUGGAUGGCGUCCAGUGUUCGGGCAGUGAGGUCAGACUAGAAUCCUGUCGCAGUAACGGUUUGGGCAGCCACGACUGUGACCAUUCCGAAGAUGCCGGAGUACGAUGCUUUUUGCCUGAUGACGGAGAUGUUCGUUUGCAAGAUGGUCCAUUGAUAAACGAAGGUCGUGUAGAGGUCUUCUACCAAGGGAGGUGGGGUAGUGUCUGUGCCUCGAACUGGAGUGCCUCUGAAGCCUGGGUUGUAUGUCAACAGCUGGGGUAUAAGCCACAUACUGGAUUUGCUAUCAGCGGUGCAAUAUACGGACCCGGUCUUGGUCCAAUACACCUUGAUAAUAUUGGUUGUGUAGGCCAGGAAUAUAAACUAGAUGACUGCGGUAAAAGCAUCAACGCAGUGGGCAACGACAGUUGUGAGGAUAACGGAUAUGCCGCAGUUCAUUGCCCGGCGGAACUUGAAGACGGGGAUGUUCGCCUGGUCAAUGGUUCCAGUCCAAACGAGGGUCGGGUUGAGAUCUACCACUCUGGUACAUGGGGAACCGUAUGUGACGAUGACUGGAGCUACCCAGAUACCCAGGUACUUUGCCGGCAGUUGGGCUAUGAAACAAAGGGUGCAAUGGCUACCUACCGCGCUAAAUACGGACAAGGAUCUGGCCAAAUACAUCUUGCUAAUGUCAGGUGUACCGGUUUAGAAGCUCGACUGGAUGAAUGCAGCAGUAAUGGAUGGGGCAUCUGUCUAAACAAUGAAGCUGUUGGUGUUAUCUGCACUGUUCCCAACGAAGGGGAUGUUCGUCUCGCUGAUGGCCCCACGAAAAACCAAGGUCGGGUGGAGAUCUAUAAUAAUAACCAAUGGGGCAUUAUCUGCAAUCGUAGUUCUUGGGGUGCUACAGAAGCGACGGCUGUUUGUCGACAGCUGGGAUUAUACCAAAAUGACAGUGGCAGUGUUCUAUUCGGGACUGUGGACGACUGGAGUGGUGGUCCAAUAGACUCUACAGGCGUUUACUGCAGCGGCACGGAAAGCAGGUUGGAUGAAUGCAGGAGCAGCAACGACGGCAGCGUCAAUUGUGACCCCAGUGAUGUGGCUGGAGCUCGUUGCAUUAGUUCCCUUGAAGGAGCUGUCCGUCUUGUAGACGGUUCUAGUCCAGACGAAGGCCGGGUCGAGAUCUUCCAUGAUGACCAAUGGGGUACAGUCUGUGAUAGAGGCUGGGAUGACAAUGACGCGAGGGUAGUCUGUCGGCAGCUCGGGUAUACAGGCAUUACAGGGGAUAUUGGGGUGGCUAGGACUGGUGGUACAUACGGCGCUGGAUCAGGACCGAAAUACAUUACUAAUGUCAGAUGCAAUUCCUAUGAUGACAGGUUAGAGGACUGCACGCAUAACGGAUGGGGUGUCACCUAUUCGUAUUGCCAAAGAGGAUAUGCCGAUGCUGGAGUGCAAUGCUUUCUGCCUGAUGACGGAGAUGUUCGUUUGCAAGAUGGUCCAUUGAUAAACGAAGGUCGUGUAGAGGUCUUUUACCAAGGUAGAUGGGGUAGUGUCUGUGCCCCGAACUGGAGUGCCUCUGAAGCCUGGGUUGUAUGUCAACAGCUGGGGUAUAAGCCACAUACUGGAUUUGCUAUCAGCGGUGCAACAUACGGACCCGGUCUUGGUCCAAUACACCUUGAUAAUAUUGGUUGUGUAGGCCAGGAAUAUAAGCUAGAUGACUGCGGUAAAAGCAUCAAUGCAGUGGGCAACGACAGUUGUAAGAAUAACGGAUAUGCCGCAGUUCAUUGCCCGGCGGAUCUUGAAGAAGGGGAUGUACGCCUAGUCGACGGUAACACUCCAAACGAGGGUCGGAUCGAGAUCUACUACGCUGGCACAUGGGGGACCGUAUGUAACGAUGGCUGGGGCUACCCAGAUACCCAGGUACUUUGCCGGCAGUUAGGCUAUCAAACAAACAAUGCUAGGGCUUCCCUCGGUGGUAACUAUGGAUUUGCAAAUGGUCCAAUACAUUUGGAUAAUGUCAGGUGCACCGGUUUUGAAGUUCGAUUGGAUGACUGCAGCAGUAAUGGAUGGGGCUCGCACGACUGUUCACACGCUGAGGAUGUCGCUGUUAUCUGCACUGUUCCCAACGAAGGGGAUGUUCGUCUCGUUGAUGGAGCCACGACAAACCAAGGUCGGGUGGAGAUCUAUAACAAUGACCAAUGGGGCAUUAUCUGCAAACGUAGUUCUUGGGGUGCUACAGAAGCGAAGGCUGUUUGUCGACAGCUGGGAUUAUACCAAAAUGACAGUGGCAGUGUUACAUUCGGGACUGCGGACGACUGGCGUGUUGGUCCAAUACACUCUACAAGCGUUUACUGUAGCGGCAUGGAAAGCAGGUUGGAUGAAUGCAGGAUCAGCAACGACGGCAGCGACAACUGUGACCCCAGUGAUGUGGCUGGAGCUCGUUGCAUUAGUUCCCUUGAAGGAGCUGUCCGUCUUGUGGAUGGUUCUAGUCCAGACGAAGGCCGGGUCGAGAUCUUCCAUGAUGACCAAUGGGGUACAGUCUGUGAUAGAGGCUGGGAUGACAAUGACGCGAGGAUAGUCUGUCGGCAGCUCGGGUAUACAGGGGAUGUUGGGGUGGCUAGAACUGGUGGUACGUACGGCGCUGGAUCAGGACCGAAAUACCUUACUAAUGUCAGAUGCAAUUCCUAUGAUGACAGGUUAGAGGACUGCACGCAUAAUGGAUGGGGUGUCACCGAUUCGUAUUGCCAAAGAGGAUAUGUCGAUGCUGGAGUGCAAUGCUUUCAUCCUACGACAGUACUACCAAGCGUCAUUUCAAUAGACGACAUUCGCUUGGUGAAUUCAUCAUCGGAAUACGAAGGUCGGCUAGAAGUCCGCGCCAAUGGACGAUGGGGAACUGUGUGUGGAAACUACGGGGAGUACAGCGUACAAAACAUGGCGGAGGUCGUAUGCCGGCAGUUGGGAUACCCCUCUGAGGAUGCUGAGGCCCUUGGAGGGGCGCUUUUCGCGACUGGUUCGGGACUGAUCUGGUUGAGAAGUGUUUACUGUACCGGCAACGAGAACAACUUGGACUACUGUAAUCAUUACACUUGGUUAAACGGCUACUGCACGAACAAAGACGCCGUAGGUGUGAGGUGCAAGGAGCCCUCAAAUUCUAAUCGAGUAGUCGGUACCAUGGCCUUUGUUGGUGUGUCUCUGUCGCUGCUGGCACUAAGCAGUUUCGUAGCCGUGUGGUAUACCUGCACUCACGCCAAGCCCAAGACCAUCAGACCGACGCAGAGAAUGGACCAGGGCAUCUGCCUCACCACAGUCAAUGCUCGUUCUACCACCGUGACGGAUGCCUGUCCUGCUAACAACGAAGGAACCGAAAUUACAUCAUCGCUUUCGUCCUGAGAACCUCCGACGGUUACAAUGUCGGGCUCACGUUGGCUCCUCCGCCAUCUUAAGCCUCUCUAUAAAAUGUGAAACUGAAGUCCAUGCCAAGACAAAAUAGGAUCUACCGAAAUUAGCAUGUAGCAAAAGUGUCCUUCGUGGUUUACUUUAAAUAUUAUGACUAUUGCUAUUUGUAAAGGCAUGAAGAUCUAAAGUGCGCUUAUCUCUGUGUGCGCGCUAAUGUAAAUUAACCUAUUAACUAUGGGGGUUUUUUUUGUCAGCGGUUAUUACACGAAUCAAUCUCGAACUAAAUUUUAUUUUUCAUCCCUAAACAAGGAUCAUGGGGGGCGUUUCACAAAACUUGUCAUCAGUGACAAAUUACAG